AUGGCGAUAAUUAUUUUAGCAGUUUCCGAGAGUAUGACCAAAAUGAAGGUUAUAUUUGUAGUUGCAUUGUGUCUUUCGGUUGUUUGGGCUUUUCCGUCAGUAAAGGAUGCCGCUGAAGAAUGUAAUUCUGAUGUAUGUGGCGACGGUUGUAGAUGUUGUUCCAAUCAAAGUCCACUAGAACUUGAUAAAACACCACAAUUAAUUUCUCUUACUUGGGAUGAGGCUGUUGUCGAAAAUUUGUUCCAAAGUUACUGGUCUGAUAUAUUAAUGCGAGAAAACCCUGAUGGCGAGCCUAUAGGAGCUACAUUCUUUGUACCACAUGAAUAUACAGAUUACUCUAGAGUAAAUGCUCUUUACAAUUUUGGUUAUGAAAUUGGUGUACACUCUAUUAGCAAAAAUUACGAUCAAAAAUAUUGGAGGGAAGGUUCACUUGAUACACUUAAAAGUGAAUUUGAAGGGCAAAAAGAAAUUAUUUCUAAAUUCGCCAAUAUUCCACCAGAAGAUAUUAUUGGUGCGAGAACUCCCCAGCUCCAAUUAAAUGGAAAUGUAUCAAUUCAAGCAUAUCAAUCAGCAGAACUCAAAUACGACAGCUCAUGGCCAACCCUUCCAAACCAACCAUUAUUUCCAUACACAUUAGAUUAUUUAUCUACUCAACAAUGUACAGUAACUGCUAAAUGUCCAAAUGAACCUUUCAAAGGUUUUUGGAUUUUGCCAAUUGUAGAUUUAACUACCAAAGACGGUGGUGCUUGUAAUUCUCUUGGGGAAUGUGGUCAAAAUGGAACAAAAACUGAAAUCUUGAGUUGGUUGGAAAGUGAAGUAAGCAGAGUUAAAAAAACUAAGGUACCCUUGACUAUUAGAAUUACCAGUUUGUGGUUUGAACAAGUGAAAGAUUCUUUUGGAGCAUUCCUUGAAUUCUUAAACAAUCUUAAAGAAGACAAAGAUAUUUUCCUUGUGAGUCAAAAACAAGUUUACGAGUGGAUUCAAAAUCCAGUUGAAAUAAGUGAAUUUAAAACUGACACACCUAUCAGAACUCAAGCUUGUAAUAAAGUAACUUGCAGACUUGAAAAAACAGCAGAUGAAAUUAGGUACAUGAAUUCAUGUGUAGCAUGCCCUGAUGUAUACCCUUGGUUGGGAAAUCCAGAAGGAAAGUCAAAAUAACUCAAUAAGAUAAAAUAUUAUAUUUAUUGUCAAUAAAUACUUACCUUAAAU